GUUACCAGAUCAACGCACCAUUUGGCAUUUGCCAUCAUUGCUUGCUUUAUCGACAACAGAGACUGCAAUCAGCACUCCCUCUGUCUUUCUGUCUCUCUCUCACGUCUCAGACAGUGAAAAAAGAAAGAGAGCUCUGAAUCAAAGAAGAAGAAUAAGAAAGUCAUCGGAAUCGGUGCGUGUGCUUUUGUGAUGAGAAAAUCAGACGGUGUGGGCGUUGUUUACUCACCAUGGACAACACCGUCGUUGCUGGUGUUGGCUAUCCUCAUUUCGUUCUCAUCAUUUCGGACCGUUGAUUCACAAUCAGACGGCAACAAACUACUCCAAUGGCAGAUUCUCACCAAACAAAACUUCUCCUCUCAGAUCCGACUCCACCCACACCUCCUCCUCAUGGUCACCGUACCAUGGUCCGGCGAGUCUCGGUCUCUCAUGAAGCAAUUAGCUCACAUGGCUACUAAUAAGGAAGAUAAGUUUGGCACCCUAAAGCUGAUGGUCUUGUAUAGAAGCACUGAUAGUGCGCUGGCAGAUGCCAUUGGUGCUACAGAGGGAAUAUCAAUUAUAUACUACCACAAUUCCUUGUCUUAUAAGUAUCAAGGGAGACUUCGAGUUCAAAAUAUAUUAUCAUCCAUUUAUUUUUUUAUAUCGCAUUUUCCUGAAGAAAUUCCCCUCAAAUCUCUAGAUACACCAGAGGAUUUGAAAAAAUUCCUUGAAUCAACUGACAAGGCUCUGCUUCUCCUUGAAUUUUGCGGAUGGACCCCCAGAUUGCUGGCCAAGGGCAAGAACAAUGAAACUGAAAAUGCUUUCGAGGAACUUUUUGGAACAGGUCUGAAUGGAGAGACUAAUAGAACACUAGCUGUCGAAGGGAAGAAAAACCAGAAGGGGAUUGAAAAUGAGAAGAUGACAUGUGGAACUGAAAAUGGGUUUAAUGGAAUUCCUUGGCUUGGGGAAUUGAGCUCUGUAAUUGAAAGUGCUUUCCUGAAGUCUGGGAAUAUGAGCCCUAGUGUUGGUUUUUCCUGUAGCUUUGAAGAGUUCCAGAAGUUUGAAACUUCCUUCUCAGAGUUCAUGAUAGUUGUGAGGGAAAAUCUUCUGUCUCCUGAAAGGAUAAGAUUUGGUCUGGUUUCUGACAGAUCAUUACUUUCAUCUCUGGGUGUUGAAGAAUCUAGUUCAUGGUUGACAAUGCUUUACUUUGCGGGAUGUCCUAAUUGUUCGAAGUUUCUCAGAGAAGGGGAUGAUCUCAGAAGUGUUCUACGGAUGCAUAAUUCAUUAGUUACUGAGCUGGAAGAUGAUGGACAUGAUCUUGAACCUUCUUUACCUGCAGAUAAGCCAUCAAUACUUCUUUUUAUUGAUAGAUCAUCUGACUCAUUAGAAACUACAAGAAAUAGCAAGGAGGCUCUUGGUUCUUUCAGAGACUUAGCACUGGACUAUCUGACUUCACAUCAGAUGGCUGGAUCAAACAAUUCCAAGCCGCUGAAAUUGUUAAUUGAAGCUUAUCAAGCAUCAAGGCGUACAUCUGGACAUAAAAAAGUAGAACCUCUUACAUCUCAAAAAAUAACACUUGAGGAUAAGAUUUCUGUCAUGAUUAUAAAUGGGGAAAAACAUGUCAGUUUAGAUAAUAUUGCUUCAGAUUUACAUGGUAGUUCCUUGCAUGACAUCUUGGCUCAUGUUCUUCAGCGUAAGAAGGAAGUAAAAUUAAGCUUACUUGCAAAAGAGGUAGGCUUCCAACUUUUAUCUGAUGAUUUUGACAUCAAAAUACCAGAAGCUUUACCGGCACCAACAGAAGUAGUUCAGUCUAAUCAAGCAUCAGCACAACUUCCCAUGGAAAGUUGCCUUAAAAGCAAUGUUGAUUUGGGCAAGGAUCAGAUAUUGGAUAUGGCCGGUACAUCUACUGGGGAGCACGAGGAACAACCCAAACCUAAUGUUGAUGAGACUUCUCAGUAUAAUGAUGAGAUGAAAGCUUUUGAUACAGGCACAGAGUUCCCUGUAGAGCCUGGCCAGUAUAAUAGAAAUCAAGUACUUGAUAGUGCUGAAGAUGAGAAGGCUGAAAAGCAAACCUCUUCACAGGUAGAGAAGUCAGAGGAACAGGAGCUUCUCACAAAAGGUGUUAGGUUUCCCUUUUUCUUUUUUGAUGGUGGAUAUCGUUUACUUAAAUCUCUAACUGCCGGGUCAAAGAUUCCGUCGGUGGUUAUUGUUGAUCCUGUAUUACAACAACAUUAUGUCUUUCCUGAAGAGACUGUUUUCAGCUAUUCUUCCCUAUGUGAUUUUCUUGAUGGGUUUCAGAAUAGAAGUCUUCUGCCAUAUCAACAAUCCGAGUCUGUUGUUCUGAGGCCUAGGGAGGCUCCAAGUCCACCGUUUGUUAAUCUGGAUUUUCAUGAGGUGGAUUCUAUCCCUCGGGUCACCACCCAUACAUUUUCUCAGAUGGUUCUCGGUUUUAAUGAGUCUGAUGGUACACACGUCGCUCAUGCUUGGAAGAAGGAUGUCUUGGUCCUUUUCAGCAACAGUUGGUGCGGGUUCUGCCAAAGGAUGGAGCUGAUAGUUCGUGAAGUAUACCAGGCGGUCAAAGGCUAUGCGAACAUGCUGAAAAAAGAAUCUAGGAACCAAAAGUCUAUGUUUAGCAGUGAUGACUUAAAGGAUAACAUAUUGACGCUUCCGCUGAUUUACUUUAUGGACUGCACACUGAAUGACUGCAGUUUGAUCCUAAAAGCAAUGGCUCAGAGGGAAGUCUAUCCAUCUCUGCUGUUAUUUCCAGCAGAAAGGAAGAAUGCUGUCUCUUAUGAAGGAGAUAUUGCAGUAUUGGAUAUUGUCAAGUUUAUAGCUGAUCAUGGAAGUAAUUCUCAUAGUCUUGUCAAGGAAAGUGGAAUUCUAUGGACUGGAGUAGGACAAGGAAGCAGGAACCAGAAUCUAUGUAAAGAUGGAUUACAAACUGCAGUUCAUGAGGAAGCUUCUUUGACAAGGGACAAAUACCAUGAAGUUCUACUGAAAAACAGGGCACCAAAAAUAGCAGGUAGAUACAACCGGAUAAGAUCACACACACCAAAUGGCCUACACGAAACAGCUUCUCAAGUGGUGGUUGGUUCCAUCCUUCUAGCAACAGACAAGCUCCUCAAUGUACACCCUUUUGAUGAAUCGAAAAUUCUCAUUGUGAAGGCAGAUCAAGGUACAGGAUUUCAAGGUCUCAUUUUUAACAAGCACAUCAAUUGGGACUCUCUUAAUGAACUUGAGGGAGGUUUAGAGCUGCUAAAAGAAGCUCCUUUGUCCUUUGGGGGUCCCAUGGUAAUAGGAGGAAUGCCUCUUGUUGCAUUAACUCGUAGAUUAAUUAAAAAACAACACGUGGAAGUCUUUCCCGAUGUUUAUUUUCUUGAUCAACGGGCCACCGUUCAGGAAAUAGAAAGGCUCAAAUCAGGAAACCAAUCUGUUACUGACUACUGGUUUUUCUUGGGGUAUACGAGUUGGGGUUGGGACCAACUAUUUGGUGAGAUUGCCGAAGGAGCUUGGAACUUGAGCAAUGGCAAUACGAAACAAUUCUAUUGGCCAUGGAGGUGACUUAAAUUCAUUGCUUUGAAGAACUAGAUAGGAGUGGGUCCUGGUAUCUGGGUUUUAGAAGUUGGCGUCAACAGCAGUUUUGAAUCUAGUUGGAGUUGACAACCGUCCUGUGGACAGUAACAGCAGCUUAUACAUGCAUCCAUGUGAAAUAAACACCUUAGAUUUUCUUUUGGGGGAUCCAAAGGAUGAAAACCAAUCGAAAUCUGAGUUCGGGUGAGAAAAUUAUCAGUUGGUGUCGAUUGGAGUAUUGAGCUUCCUUGUUUUGUGUUGACUAUGGGCUGCAUAUUCUUGGUUAACGAUGAGAGGUCAUUCACUUGCAAUUUGGAUAACGUUCUGUUGUGCCAUCAGCACGUGUUGAAGCAGCUGCCGCUGGCAUUGAAACAAGAUUACUGUUAAAAGUAUCCUGAUAAUUUCAUUAAAUUUGUGGAAGUGAGUGUUUAGUCCUUUGGUGAAUGAAAUAUUGGCUUAGUUUUGCUGUUUUCUGUUUUACAGUUCGACCUCAUUUUCUGAGUUGGACUGAAACGAUAAAAUGAAAAUUUAUGGUUCUCAUUUUUGUUCAA